AUGGAGUCGAAGGUCUCCGAAGGCGGCCUGAAUGUCACCCUCACCAUCCGGCUGCUGAUGCACGGCAAGGAAGUCGGAAGCAUCAUUGGAAAGAAAGGAGAGACCGUGAAGAAGAUGCGUGAGGAGAGCGGGGCAAGGAUCAACAUCUCGGAGGGAAAUUGCCCUGAGCGAAUCGUGACCAUCACUGGCCCCACCGAUGCCAUCUUCAAGGCUUUUGCCAUGAUCGCCUACAAAUUUGAAGAGGACAUAACCAACUCAAUGAGUAACAGCACUGCUACCAGCAAACCUCCGGUGACACUGAGACUGGUCGUGCCAGCUAGUCAGUGCGGCUCGCUGAUUGGCAAAGGAGGCUCCAAGAUCAAGGAAAUCAGGGAGUCAACAGGUGCUCAGGUUCAAGUGGCGGGGGACAUGCUGCCCAACUCCACGGAGCGGGCGGUGACAAUCUCGGGGACACCUGACGCAAUUAUCCAGUGUGUCAAACAGAUCUGUGUGGUGAUGCUGGAGUCCCCACCAAAAGGUGCCACCAUUCCCUACCGCCCAAAGCCCGCCUCCACCCCUGUCAUUUUUGCAGGUGGUCAGGCCUAUACAAUUCAGGGACAAUACGCUAUUCCACACCCGGAUCAGUUGACCAAGCUCCACCAGUUGGCUAUGCAGCAAACCCCCUUUACUCCCCUUGGACAGACCACCCCCGCUUUCCCUGGAGAAAAGCUGCCCUUACAUUCCUCCGAAGAAGCUCAAAAUCUGAUGGGCCAAUCAUCAGGUUUGGAUGCCAGUCCCCCGGCCAGUACUCAUGAACUCACCAUUCCCAAUGAUCUAAUAGGCUGCAUAAUCGGACGCCAAGGGACCAAAAUCAAUGAAAUUCGGCAGAUGUCGGGAGCGCAGAUCAAAAUCGCCAACGCCACAGAAGGGUCAUCAGAGCGCCAAAUUACCAUCACAGGAACCCCUGCAAACAUCAGCCUCGCGCAGUACCUCAUCAACGCCAGGCUGACGUCUGAGGUCACUGGAAUGGGCGCACUCUAA